CAUUUCAACACUUUUUGCUUGCAGCCGGUUUUGUUGUGGAUUGUGUAUUGUGGAACAUUUGUUGCAAAACUAAAUAUUUUCGAAACAAAAAAAGAAAUUCUCUAUUCAAUUUCGGACCCAAAACAAAAUCUAUUGACGUCUUGCGAUUCGGACAUUUUAGUUUAAAUUAAAUGAAAAAGUCAAUUGUGUAAAUAGAACUAAUAAUUACGCAAGGAAGAUAGUUAUUAUUAGUGUUUUGAAUGGAUUCUAUAUACGUACCGUAACCUAACCUCAACUUUGACGCAAUUUUCUUUAUGCUACUUUAGCACAGGGUAGUUUUAUUUACGGAAAAAGUGAUAAAUUGCUCCGAUGAAUUUUCCAAACGUUAAAUUCUUGUGAUAUUAUUCCAAUAACUGCACCAAAGGACAUCGAAUGAAGAAGAGUUGAUGUUUUCAUUUGCUCGAUAAACACUCGAUAAAAGGAACAAAAUUGUGCUGGAUUACAUUCGUGUAUCGACCUGGAUUUGUUUGUCGACCACUGUGGCGCACAACAUUAGCGUAAAACAUUCAUUCAUGAGAACCACCAUCGAAGAUAAUAAAAAAUAUUUUCAAAAUGAACUGUGGACAUGUCAACAGAGUUUAACUAAAACAAACAGUGAAAGCAUAACUCUGCUAAAUGCUAAAAAGGAAACGAAAAAAGUUGAAUUCGUUGAUGUACAACAAUCAACCCUGGAUCAAGCAGAACGUCAAUUAGAUAGUGCCGACAGUAUAGGCAGGGAAAUGACACAUUUUAAACCGAUACGACUGAUGCCCUUGUCGGCUAUUUAUAUAUCCGACAAAAUUAUAAAAAUUCCUUCAAUUCGCCAUACCAAUCCCAUGAAAGGAGCGUACUUCUUCCAAGCACCAGCAAAGAGCAAAUUCAAACCGGACCAUUUCACCAAAACUCGUCGAUCAGCAUUCUGUCUAGUCUCGAAUACAAGCGCAAAUCAAAAAGCAAACAAGCCUCAGGAUGCCACAGAUUCCGGCGAACGGAAUGUGGCUGGCCGUCGGAAUGGCGAAAAAUCAAAAGAGAAAAUCAUCUGUAACAUAAUGCUGAACAAAGCCAAUUGCAAGCGAAUGAUCCAGGAGAAGGGCGACUUCGAACUGGCUAAAAUGCUACAGGAAUGUGACAGUAUUGGUCGCACUGAAAAUGGCAAUGGCUGUGAUGACCAUUCGCUGACUAAAGACCAAGAACCGUCCGCUAGAACUAAACGAUAUUAUUUACGUACGCGAAGCAAACAAAUCUCCGAUGCGAAAGAUGAAACGGUGCCGGCGAAAAAGGCGAAAUUGGUGGACGCAACGGUGACCGGUAGCAAUAAGGUGGUUGUGGUUAAUGGGCGAAAGACAAGAAGCUCGGCUCCAUUGAAUGGCGAUUAUGCGAGUAAAGUGAAUCGGGUGACCAGAGGACGGAAUAAGUAGAAGAAUUUUGUGUCAAGAAAUCAGCGUUUCCACAUUCCAAACUUUUGAUUUCUUACGUAAGUUUCGUUUGUUCGUUUCAUUUUCAUUCUAAAUUUGAUGAGAACAUUUAGAGCUGACAAGUCAUAUAUGAACAAAAACAUGGGCAGCCAAAUGUCGUCCUGAUGCACUUUUUGUGCAUUUGAACGGAAAUGCAUGAAUUUACUUGAUGAUUGUACUCGGAAACGAAUCGUCCGAACCAUUUAUUUUGAUGAAUACUUUCUAUUCCGCACUCGGAAGCUAAUUUUCGAAAAGAUUUUCGUCUUUCAUUUUCAAUCUACCUGUCCACCUAACUGGUACUCCGUCGUCAGAUAAGCGAAAUAUUUACCGAGCUAGUGACAGGGCGAAUAAGGCUUGCGUGUGGUAGACAACUUUAUUCAAAUGAGUGACUCAUGACUGACUUCUACGAGGUGGUACAAAAUAUUCGCAUCGAAAAAUGACUUGACAGAGUAAGUGUGUGCUAUGCUAAAUCUAAGUGCACUGCACAUACAAAUUCGCUGGAUCACAUCACCCGUUUGGUCUUAAAUACGGAAAUUUAGUGCUACGUUCCCAACAAAUGUUUGACGGGUAGAUUUUAUCUCAAAUCGUGAUCUUUUAUCAGAGAAGAUACAGCUCCAAAAUAAUAAAUUUCCGUUCUAAGUUCAAUAACUUUGUAGCCGACGAUGUUAGUCGGAAAAUACCAGGUCUAUUGACUUUUGAACUUUCCCGCUGAAAAUUUUCGGAUUUUCAAAAUGAAUAGCUAUUUGUUCACCAAGGGGGAGAAAAGUUGGAAAUUGCAUUUCGAGGGUCUCGCUACUGGCCACAUGUCAGCCAAAUGCAAUUUUCAACUUUUUUCCGAAGGUAAACACAACGGUUUUAACAACAAAGGCUGUUGAAGUUUCAGCGGAGUAGAGAAAAUGACUAGAAGACUCUGGUGUUUUCAUUGCGAAUGAUCUAAAAUUUAACGCAACACAACAGUUCAAACGUGGUAACCAGAGUAUUUUCGCGAAUUUCAAUUUACGAACUUUUCCGUGGUGUUUCACACACGAAAAAGAUCCCACUUUUGUAUCUAAGAUGUUCUGCUUGGUUUAUAUGAUUUCUCUCAUUUAUUAUUUGAAAUAACACACGAUAUUAAAGAAACUAUAGAAACGGCGAGGAACAGUAGUAACAGCUUAGAUAUGAAAGUGGGAUUUUGUACGUGGGCAAAACAAUAAAAAUUUUCCUUCAAAUUUCAUGA